AUGCAGAAUCAAGGAAUAAACCCUCUGUCAGAUAAAAAUUAAGAGGAAGAUACUACGGCUCUUUCUCUAGAAACAAAUGAAGAACUACCAAGAUAUUCAAAUAUCUUCGCAAACUCUUAGAGUAUAACUCGAAACAAGAGUUAUACUGAUUAUAACGCAAAAUAAAAAAGAUACUCAAUGAUCAGGCAACUAAAAUAAUAUUUCCGGAGAGGCCAGAAAAUGAUUGGAAAAAAUUUUUCCUCUUUUUAAGAGAAAUCUCAAGGCUUCAAGCAAACUUCCAACUAUCGUUUAAUUAAAAAAAACUGUAAAGGAAGGAAAACUGGCUCUAAACUUAAAACUCUCUUGAUUGUGAAAAAAAAUAACGAAUUUGGUUCUCAAAACAUUAUACAUACAAUGUCUACAAUCGAAGUACCACAAAGUUAAUAAAAUCAGAUAUCGUCAAAUAAUAAGAAUUGCUAUUAAUUUAACAAUGCAGCCUAAUCUCUGGAACAAAUUGACAAAAAUCCACCUAAGUUAAUUGGUAAUUAAGAUACCAAUAUUCCUUAAAUAGGGAAUGGUCUGACAUCAGAACAAAUACUCGCAUUGAGAAAUGUCAGAAUGAAACAAUUUUUAUUUGAUCUUUCGAUGCAUGAAGACUGCGGGAAGAGUGUUUAAAUGCCGUCAAGUAGAUAUCUGAACAUGUAUGCAGAUGUUCUUAAUCUGCUUUCUAAUAAUAAAGACGAUUUUUAGCACUUCUCAAUGUUGUUGAAAAAAUUUAUACCCAACAUUUCUCAAGAACAAAUCUCCAUAACUAGAGAAGUAAUAUUUUUAUUAGUUAAUUUUUUUAGGCUCUUAUUGUUAAUUAAUUAAAUCAGUUUGUUGCCCUUCUUUUUCGCUAACUCAACUCACAGAGUUUUGAGCCCCUUAACUUCAGUAAAAUAACAGCAGGAGAAGGUGUGA